GACCUGCAACUUCCCCCCGCAUUCUGUUUACCGUCCGCCGAAUCCGUAUCUCGUGCAAUGGAGCCAGCAUAUGAUUGUGAUGUGAGCUCCCAUAUAUCGCAAGUGCGUUUCUUCCGUGGGUGCCAACAUCUAACUUUCUCGUUCAGCAUCCUAAACAUCGAUCCCAACGCUCAGAAUGACUCCAUCACUAAAUGCACAACCAAGUUCAGUCGUAGCGCAUCUCAGCAUCACACCCUCAUAACUCCCUUGACGCCCCUUGCGGAACUGGCAGAAUCUUUGCGCCCCUCGAAGCGUUCCUGCUCAUUGCUCACUCUACCUAAGUUCUUCGUACAGUGCCAAGUAUAG